AAUUGAGAGAAAUGCCUCUGUUUUCCAGUAAAUUCAGUCAUAAGAAGUCUCCGUCGCGUAAAUCAAAACCAUUGUCUUCACUGCAUAGAGAAUUGAGUCAAUCAUUUGAUUACAACUCUAAUAAUGAAAACAUAAAACUUGGUUUAAAUGAACAAUUAUUUUCAUUUGACACGAAAACUGGACAAUGGAUUCAUACGAAUGCAUCGCAAGAGGAUUUUAGCGACAAACAUAAAGAUUUGCAAACAAUGAAUGAUCUCUUAGUUCAAGAAAAUAGACUUUUAAAGCUGAAAGUGGAAAUAUUAAUUCAAAUGGUAACCGAAGCAACGGCUGAACUCCAACUUUCUUGUCGUAAUAAUUCAGAGAUCUAUUAAUUAAUACUAAAAAUCUCAAGUUAUGUAUAACUUGUAGAAAACCUACAGUUAGAGUAGAAUAUUGUAGUUUGUUAUUAUGAUAUAUCAAAUAAAUGCACGUUAUAUAGACCC